GCGGUAUUUCUGGUUGGGGGCCAACAAUUUGUGAAUUGAUUUGCUUAAUAUUUUUAUGUUGUGAUAAUGGCAGUGUAUUAGACCCGUUCCUGGAUAGAAAAGAAAGAAAUAAGUAUUAAAUUAAUAAGAAUUGCAAAAAAUGUCAGAAGUAGAGAGAGACAUAUUUAGAGAUAGCCCAUUGAGGCUCUUAGGGUACACGAAUGAAGUUGGUGAAUCCUUUCGACCACUAAUCCAUGUAAAAUGGGUAUAUCUAAGCUAUGGGAUUGCUAGUGCGUACGUUGUGGCUGAUACUAUAGAUAAAACCUAUAAAGUUUUUAAGAUUCCAUGCGACAACGUGCAGCAAAGACGGAGAAAUGUGAUGUUAGCGGCGGUUGAUACUCUUCUUUGGCAAAGUUUUGCUUCCGUUAUAAUUCCUGGAUUUACAAUAAACCGUAUUUGCGCAGCGUCUUUACUGAUUCUUAGUAAGACAACUAAACUUCCAAAAUCCACUAGGAAGUGGAUAACAACAGCAGUAGGCCUCUCGUGCAUUCCUAUCAUCGUGAAGCCAAUAGAUUAUUUUGUAGACAUUGCAAUGGAUCGUACUUUCAGAGUAUGGACAUCAAAAAAAAGUUAACUGACGUUAUUUCUUGUGUUGUCAUACAUUUAGAUGCAAUAGCAAAUUAGUACUGUUCUUAGCGCAGAGAAGAAGAAAUAACUAGUUGACAGCUGAGUAAUGGCUGUUGUGGAUCACAAACAGAUACACGAGGGCGUUAGUACUAUAUAGAACUAUAUAUUAAUAGAUUAACGAAAUGGUAGUGCCUUCAAGAUAAAGGAAUUCUGUUCGCCCGAGGAAUAUGCACUGUUAAAUAAAAUUGGGGAAUAACGAUGAGUGAAUCUAAUAAAAGUAUUAUAAUGGCCUGCCUUUUCCUUCAAGAUUAAUAAAAAGCAAAGUCGGAAGCAAUAUAGCUGCAUUCGCAGUUGAAAGAGUGUGUUCAUUGCUGUAAGCUUUCAACAAUUUAGUUAUCAAAUUUCAAGCUCAGGAAGUCACUUGUUGCCUUCUUCUCUAUCUUGAUUAUAUAAUGACCAAAUGGUAUUUUCAUAUGUAUGUGUGGGACAAUAUAAUUGGCAUAUACUUUAUAGUUUGAUAGUGAAAGGUUUGGUACAAAUUAAAGCUAUCUUUUGCAAUUAAAUUUUCUCGUUAAACUGAAUGCAGUAUUUUCAUUGUUGUUGUAUAAAUGAAUUUUAUAUUCCAGCAAUAAAAGACAGAUUU